GUCGUGCAAUGAAAUUUUUCCUGGUAGUUGCUAAGAACAAAUUAUUAAUAACGAAUUAUUUUGUCCUCAGCCGAAAUUAAAUCAAUAUAACUGUUACACAGGAACGCCCUUUUUAGCGAAUUGAAUGGUUUGCAAAUUUUCAAUAAUACGAAUAUUCCUGCUCUGUUUUCGAACUCUUCCUGAAUUUUGGAUCUGGUAAAAAAUGCAGACCUCACUUUUGUUCGGUCCAUAUAAUUGCUUAACAAGUCACACGCCUCUUGGCUUGAUUGUACACUUGACGCUCUUCACAAACCUACUAGUUGGAAUAAGCACAUUGGAGUACACAUCAGUGAUAAGUACACGCUACGGGCAACUAAGAGGUGUGUACCAGCACAUUCCAGGGGCGGGACGUGUGGCCAAGUAUUUAGGCAUUCCGUAUGCAACACCUCCGAUUGCCGGCAACCGUCUUAGCCCAACAAGAGCUCCGUCACAAUGGCGAAGCAUAUUAGAUGCGACCGUCAUGCCGCCAGCCUGUCCACAAAACCCGCCCAAGAAAUACAUGAGCCUCUUGCAAAGGCAGAGCGAAGACUGCCUUUACCUCAACUUAUAUGUUCCAGAUGGAGCCAAGGGGCUGCCCGUGACUGUUCUCUUGCACGGGGAAAGCUUUGACUGGGGAGCAGGCAGCCUGUACGACGGCUCCUACCUCGCCUCCCACGGCCAUGUGCUGGUGGCAACCCUCAACUACAGGGUCGGGGUGUUGGGAUUUUUCAACGCGAUGCAGCCAGGCUCGCGCCCGAUCGUCGCUAACUACGGUCUGAUGGACCAGCUGGCAUCGUUACAUUGGCUGCAGGAGAACAUAGGCAGGUUCGGUGGCGACCCGGCGCAGGUGACCGUCAUGGCUCACAGCUACGGCGCAGCCUGCCUCUCCCUGCUCAUACUCUCGCCCGCCGCCUCGGGUGAGUUGGCGCAGGUGACCGUCAUGGCUCACAGCUGCGGCGCAGCCUGCCUCUCCCUGCUCAUACUCUCGCCCGCCGCCUCGGGUGAGUUGACGCAGGUGACCUUCAUGGCUCCCAGCUACGGCGCAGCCUGCCUCUCCCUGCUCAUACUCUCGCCCGCAGCCUCGGGUUCUGGUUUGUUCCGGCGAGUAGUCCUGAUGUCGGGCACGGCCCUGAGCCCGUGGGCACUGGUGCGGGAUCCUGCUCAUUAUGCCCACCAAGUGGCCACGCAGCUCGCAUGCCCCUUCCCUCAGCAGCCUGCCACGCAUGCUGCAUACGAAAAGCUUCUUCACUGCAUCAGGAACAGAUCUGUCGAACAAAUUCUCAAGGUGCAGUUGAGUUCACCUCAAUUCCUGUCAGCCAUCGGUCCGAGCGAGGACGGCGUCACAGUCAAACCAGACUGGAGACAACGGCUGGCAAAUCUGGGUUCGGACGGCAAGACUCAAGUUGAAGUACUCCUGGGCGUUUCGGAAGUGAUGCGUGACAAGAUCUUCACUGAAGAACAAGAGGAGAAAGGCAUCGACGCGAACACUCGAGAUAAACUCGUCAGGACGUUUGUAGCGAAUAACUACCACUACCAUCUGCAGGAGCUGGUGCUCGCGAUCACAGCAGAGUACACCGACUGGGCGCGCCCCUCGCAACACCCGCUGGCCCUGCGCGACAUGACCGCUGAGGCGCUACACGACGCGUCCCUUGUCGCCCCGGCGCUCACGGCAGCCAACAGCUUCAGCUCCGCUAAACGCAACACAUUCUUCUACGUGCUCGACAACAGACCCAGAGAUCAGUCUCAGGCACCUUUGACGGAGCUCGACUUGCUGCUUGGGAGUCCGCUGGGUGCCAACCAUCCUCUCCAGCCGCCCAGGAACUAUACAAAGCAAGACAAACUCUUGAGUGAAGUGGUCAUUCAGCUGUGGGCCAACUUUGCCAGGACCGGGGACCCCAACGGCGUGGAGUACAACUCGAGUGCCGUGCCUGCCGCGGCCGACCACGACCGCUCCCAGUACCGCGCUACCUCGUGGGAGCCUUACGACAUCGAACACAAGAAGUACCUCGAGCUUGGCCCAGGCAGGGGCAGAGUGCGUGACCACUACAGGGCUCCUCAAGUGGCCCUCUGGACUUGGUUGUUGCCAGCCCUCGAGAAAGUGGGCUCAAGAUUUGGUCCUGAUUCAUCUUUCCAUGACGCAUACGCAAGUUCCGACUCAUUUUCAGGGCCAACCCGACCUAGGGCUUUGCUUCCUUUAACUUCAACACGAACACCAACAUUAAAAGAUCCUCACCACCCAGAUAGUGGCCUCAAUAGCGACUUAAGUAACAUGACGAACCCCACUAUGAGCAUCCACGAUAUGAUGGAUACCAUCGAAGCCGUCCAGGUGACAGGCAAAGAGAGUUUUAUGGAUGAUGUCCACUACACUACUGCGCUCAGCCUCACCGCAGCCUUGGGCAUCUCUUUGCUACUGCUUAACAUCCUGGUUUUGGCAGCAUUCCAUUACCGGAGAGGAGUGGCGUCUAAAUCAGAAGGUCAUAACUCAGGACGAAAUAGAGGCCCUACUGCUGGGUCAUCUCCGUCUCACUGCGAGACUCUCCCUUCCUCAGAUACUUUACGAUCCCUGGCUUGUCCUCAGGACUGGCCUCCAGACUACACGGUGUCGUCAUGCGUGGACUCGGAUCAAAUUGCUUCCAUGCAUCCAUGACAAUUACCUUUAGAUUUGACGUUGCCGCCUGCGCCGGCUAAUGUCCCCAGUCCUGUUUCCUCGUGGACAAGCACGACAGCGAACGUUAUCGUCACAGUACAAAGUCCAGUUACAUCACACGGGGUUUCAACUUUCAAUAACAAGACGCAGUGCCACUUCGCUCAUCAUUCUCCACUUCUGCACAAUCCACAAGAAAAUAAGUCAAGCAUUCAGUCGUGUCCUGUAGGAAAUUUUUCUCUUCAACCAGUAAAGCAUUCACAAAUCAAAAAAAUUCAGCAACAAGAGCACACACAGCAACAGCAGCAAACACAACACGCACUCAAACGUCAGUCCGACAAAGCUCAAGAGUCUCAAGUUCAAACACCGCCCCUUACUUCUUCUCUCCCCGAUCUCUAUCCUGCUUCGUCAUCGCCGAAUUCACACCUCACAUUCCUUUAGUUAUCCGCUGAAAGUUUCGUCUCGUUUGGCUAAAUGUGUGUCUGUGAUGACAUUAUUAUUACAAAGCAGUGUUUCUACACGCUAUUGCGCAAGUGUUAAUUUGCCAAGAACAAAAAAGCGUGUUCAUCCGUGGCAGAAGCUGUUUUUCAACAGUCAUUUAUUGAGUACCUUGAUUCGAUAAGGUCGCGAAGCUCAUAUUUUUUACUUGGUUGAAUCUUUCAACAUAUUGUACAGUGUACAUACAAAACGUUCGUAAGAAAUAUGAGUGUAAAUGUAUUGUACAUAGCCAAAGAGUUGGUCGACGAAAAAGUACUGAAAACUUAUCUUUAAUAACCUGAUCAUCGAAUGUCAAAGUAU